AUGAAGAUGUACGUACUCUUAUGUGUUCUGAUAGGAAUAACUACCAGGAAUGUGAAAGGUCAAAUGUGCUCGGACUGUGUACAUUUAGAUUACACAGUGAAAGGACUUCGUACAAUUUCCCGAACUUUGUUGGAUUCUCUCCUCCUUGAUACUUUUAAUCCAGACUGUCUCCAUGACAACCAGAAGCUUCACAUUUCGUGUCCACGUAAUGACAGUGCUGGUUUGGUGGUGAAAUGUAAAAAGACCCACGUUAUUGUACAGGCUAGAGGGAUACAGAGGGUAGAAGCCGAUGCCGAGGUGAAUUUGGUAGCGGUUGAGCGACGUUGUGCUCUGGUUGAUGCAUCACAAGAAAACAAUUGUGUCAAUCACAUGGAGGACAAUACUGUAUCCUCGUAUAUUUCCAAAACCCUGGCACAUCUAACGGACACAUGGACCACGGUCAAUUAUACAGGCGCCAACUGUUUUUCUGACACCCAUCAUGACGUCACAACAGAAGCACCAGGUAGAACGAAAAAGUAUACUGCGCAAUAUGCCGAUUUCAGAACAAAGACCAAUGUAAACAAAUAUGCCGAAUUCACAACAAUGAACAAUAUAAACAAAGAUACCGAUAUCACAACAGUGACCAAUGUCAAAGAACCAAUAACUGAAGACAUAUUACCUGAAAAAAUAAAAGCUGUGAAUUCUACCUCAAGCGUUUUACUGGAAAAUGUCCAGAAUUUGAGCACUACUACAAACAAUUUUGUUGGAAGUACACAGAUUGAAAAUGUAACAUUAGCAUUUUCAGCAAACGAUUCCAUGGAUCUUUCUACAGACUCAAGCAGUGACAAUGAUUUUGGAAGAAAACAGGAACUGAGCGAGAAUGUGAGGAAAUUUAUCCAUUAUAUCAGAAAUUACAACGGGGCACCUGUCAUGAAAUGCAGCGAACUUAUAUUUGUGAUGUCACUUUUAGCAGUAUAUCUUAUUGAUAGCUUUCUCAGAGCUUCAACAAACUGA